AUGUGAACAAUGCAGCUGAACAACGUGGAAAUGAAACUGCUCGGGAUGUUCAGCUUGCAAAACAAUUUAGCACGUUUUCUUAUUUUAAGUUUCUAUAUGUGUUUUUCGUUUAUUGCGAUCCAAAUGCCUGUGUUUCCAACGCUGUAUCCACUUACUCAGGGUCCUUUUUUAUAAUUUGUUUUCAAAUUCGCAUUUUAAAUAUGAGAAUGCUUACAAUUAUGAAUUCCACAGAUCUCGACUCACUUUUUCAGGUUCCUUCCACCAACACUUCAUCUCUGUCAAUGCGUUUGCAGUCUACAACCGUGGCCACUUCUGCGACCAUGUUUGCAGUGGGGGUCCUCGGUAACCUCAUCGCCAUCGUGGUCCUCUGCAUAUCCAAGAAGGAACAGAAAGAGACCACUUUCUACAGUCUAGUCUGUGGAAUGGCCGUCACGGACCUCCUGGGGACCUGCUUCACCAGUCCCGUAGUCAUCGCUACCUAUGUGAUUAAUCGGUGGCCCGGAGGGGACUCGUUGUGCCAGUUCUUUUCGUUUUCCAUGCUGUUCUUCGGCUCUGCUGGCAUGUCUAUUCUCUGCGCAAUGGCUGUUGAGAGGUACCUAGCCAUAAACCAUGCCUACUUUUACUCCCACUAUGUGGACAGGGCUAUGGCUAAAGUGGUGCUGAUGGCUGUCUAUUUAUCCAACGCUGUUCUGUGCGCCAUGCCAAGCUUCGGUUUCGGGAAACACGUAAAGCACUUUCCAGGCACCUGGUGCUUUUUGGACUGGAGAGCGUCGGAUGCGCUUUCUGCCUCCUAUUCUUAUCUGUACGCGGGAUUCAUGGUGUUCCUGAUAGCCGUGACUGUGCUGUGUAACCUGGCUGUCUGCGGCUCGCUGGUGCGUAUGAGCCAGAGAGCACGGCUGGUGAGAGCAGAGGUAUCUGCACAAGGCAGCUCAAGACGCGGGCGCAGAUUUCCCCGGCUUCCCCAAGUUGCUUCAGCCACAGAAGUCCAAAUGUUUUGGUUGCUUAUUUUUAUGACUGUCGUUUUCCUGAUCUGUUCUAUUCCUUUGGUGGUGCAGAUAUUUAUGAAUCAGCUCUAUGGACCUGCAAAAAUCUUAGCUGGGGGAAAGCCUGAUUACCACAGUGAUCUCAUGGCAAUCCGCUUUGCCUCCUUCAACCCCAUCCUGGACCCCUGGGUUUACAUCCUGUGCAGAAAGAACCUGCUGAUCAAGGGCUGCGAGCGGGUAAAGCGUACAGUGAGCAUCGCCAGGGAAGGCCAUGCUCGCAAGGUGGGCUGGACAAGCGGGCAGCAAACACCCCCUUCGUACAUCAACAGCAUCAGCACCAGCUAUGCCUCCCUGCGGGGCCGUGAUGACAGAGAUGGCACCCCGAAACUGACCGAAACUAGGACUAAAUCUUUCACCGACUUCACCACUCAGCAGACCUGGGAAAUGGACAUGUCCAGGACAAACUUUCAUCCCUUUAGCAUCCACCAGGAUGAGGGUAUUGAUUUUGUGAAAGAUACACCUGUCUCAACCAGUCCAGCGCAGGCCAACCCCACCCUGUGCACUAUCCCCCAGAAGACCCCCACCCCCGAGAGCUGCCGAUGCGGGGGAAUCUCAAAGUGCGGAGUAGUGGCACAGCAGAACCACGACAGACAGUUUGACAUUGUCACCUGCACUUUCAGCACGCCCACCUCAUGCAUGUCUGAAAAAACUAUUUGACGGAUUUGCACUAUUAAGUGCAAGGUUUACAGGCACACACCAGUGCAAGUUUGGAGAGUUUUUGGAAUAUUGUAUAUGGGAGAUCAGACAUGUAUUGUGUCACAGUACUCUCCCAUCUGAUACCAGCUGCUAUUGAAGUUGAUUUGUGCAUGUAGUUAUUUUUAUUUAUGUGGUGUGGCAUAGCUGUUGAGCACAGAAUUGAAGCACAAUGCAGUUAAAGAACAUUGCCCCAGCUAUCUCACCAUGUAUUUGUGCAACACAGUGAUUUCAAUCAUCAUUGCAAAAAUGGCGAACUAAUCAAAAAACAGCGUUCAUUUCACAUAAGCUCAUCGGAUCCUUUUAUUCAAAGGGAUCAGGAAACAAUUUAGUGCUUUCGUAACCAAAGCACUACAAAAUGAAUGUUUAGUGUUGCGAAUGAAAGUCACAUGACAAAGGGAUGGGCAAAACCAGGACAUCGUGACAAGAAUACAUUCCAAAAAUGUACACGCUACAGUUACUAUUUUUCUGAGAGAUAUCCGUGAUCAUUUAAUCUGCAACCUUUUUUUGAUUUCUGUUUCCGAAUUUCACGUUUGAAUGGAAAGGUUAUGUCCAGGCAUACAAUUUUGUGAGCAUUGCUUCGGGUUGCUUCUGAUUCAUUUGAACAAGGGUCAACAGAACAAGAGCUGGCCAUUCCAGAGGCAGAAGAGUGGGCUCUUAGUCACUCUGUUUUAUUCAUAGUUUAAGUUUAAACUUUACAAACUAAUGACUACGUGAAACAACAGCAAACGAGAAGACCGAAGUAUUGAGCAUCUUCUGUUUUUGUGGCUUGAAUUGGAAUGAAAAUAAGCUAAUUGUUCUGUUAAAUGAUUGGUU